AUGAGAAAAGAAACGAAAGUACGUUACAAGGAGACUAGUUCACCGUUCCAAAUUCAAAUUUUACUCAUAUUUACAAUCUUUUUUGCAUUCAUCAUUUUGCUCUUGGCUUUUCUAAUUUUUUCAUCCAAGCAACGUUUCGAGCUGCAAACUACGUUACAUCAACGUAGUUCCACGAAUAAUAUUUCCAUUAUUACUUCUCAGCCAUAUUUCAGGCUACCUACUACGAUCCGUCCAUUACAUUAUGACCUCAAAUUGCAAAUAUUUCUUCCAUAUCGGGAAGAUUUAAAUUUUAAUGAACGAAAUUUCAGCAUUCAUGCAGAUGUAGCAAUUCGUAUUGUCUGUUUGCAUGCAACCGAUCAAAUCAUUUUAAAUGCUAAAAAUUUGAAAUUUGAUGAAAGUGAUAUAGAAGUGCAAGAUAGCCAUAACGAAUCGAUACCAUUGAUCGGUAUAAAUCGAUAUCAGCAUGAAGUAGAUGAUAUUCAUAUUGUUGAGAUAAUACUAAUGCGGGAACUUCAUUCUGGACAUAAUUAUGUGAUUUAUAUCAGAUAUCAGGGUAUUAUCAAUGAUGUUUGGACUGGUGGUCUUUACACGACUCAAUACAACAUCAAUGGACAGACAAGGCUAGUUAUAAUUAUUCUUACAAUUUCAUUUCUCUUUCUCUUUCUCCCUCUCACUCUUAUUUUCUAUGCCUUUUCAAGGUUGUUAGCACUUACACAACUGCAACCAACAGAUGCAAGUCGCUUAUUACCCUGUUUCGAUGAACCAGAAAUGAAAGCGACAUUCCGGAUCAGUAUAAUCCAUCCUAUGGGCACUUCAGCUGUCUCCAAUUCACCAGUUCGUCGUUACCGUCAUCUCAAUUCAAAAUGGAGUAAGACAGAAUUUGAAGUCACACCUAUCAUGUCAACCUAUCUGCUAGCAGUAGCUGUCAGUGACUUUGUUUUCAAGUUUCGUCAUUGUGGGAAGAUUGAAGUUCGCGUUUGGUGUCAAUCGGCAAUGGCAUAUGACAUCGAUUAUGCGCUUCAUGUUGCAUGCCGAUUGUUAAAGUAUUAUGAAAAUUUCUUCUCCAUUCCUUAUCCACUAAAAAAACUCGAUAUUUUCACAGCACCGGAAUUACGUGUUUUGGCGAUGGAAAAUUGGGGGUUAAUUACCGUACGCCAAAAGUUGAUGCUUUAUAACCAACGUCUGAAUAGUUUACGUGAGAGGAGAGUUGUGACAGAUGUUAUCGCACACGAAGUCGCACAUAUGUGGUUUGGGAAUUUGGCGACAAUGCGUUGGUGGAAUGAUUUAUGGUUGAACGAAGGUUUCGCAACGAUGAUGGGACAAAAGGCAGCUGAUUUUGUUGAAAAUACAACAUUGCGAAUGUCACAAUGUUUUGCUGCUGAUAUCACGCUAAAAGCGCUGUCAAGUGACCAACAUACGACAAUGACGCAACCAAUAAGUUUAAAAGAAAAUAGUGAUCGUAUACAUGGUCAAGAUAUCAAAAUAAUCUAUAAUAAGGGAGCGGCAGUUAUUCGUAUGGUGGAAUCAACAAUUGGUGAGGAAGUAUUUCGACAAGGAUUGAAUCUCUACCUGGUAGAAUUUGCUUAUGCAAACGCUGAAAAGAGUGACUUUUUGAGCAGUUUCUCAAAAAUUUUCAAGGCAAUCGACUAUCAUCAUGAUCCUUUCUUGAGUACUAAUUUUUCGGUCUAUGAUUAUAUUGAUUCAUGGAUUUACCAACGAGGAUUUCCACUGUUGAAAGUUCGACAAGUCGGUGAUUAUUUUGAAAUCAGUCAGCAAAUAUUUGAUUUUGAUAAUAGCAGUGAAUUUGCUGAUACACAAUGGAAAGUGCCGAUAUUUACACAAGAAAAUGAGCAAGAUGAAGUUCAUUGGUUAGAAGAGGGCAAAAAAUUGAAACUAUUGCAUGGAUCGCAUACAUUUGUGUUAGAUCCAAACUUUCACGGUUAUUAUCGCGUCGAAUAUGAACUUAACUAUUGGAAGUUUCUCAUUGAUCAUUUACUACAAAAACAUAAUUAUUUUUCUGUUUCUACGCGACUUAAAUUGCUCGAUGAUGCAUUUGUAUUAGCUGAAACUGGACGCAUCCCAUAUACGAUACCAAUGAAAAUGUCGCUAUAUCUUAGGAAUGAAACAAAAGUUGUACCAUUUAUUACCUUUCUAACUCGAUUCGAAACUAUCUUAUACCGUGUACAUCGUCAUUCCAAUGCAUCACUUUUCAAUAAAUACGUACAAUUUCUUAUGGAGCCAUCGUUUGAUCGAAUCAUUAAAGCUGAAACUGAUUCAGAUGUUUCGCACAAUAUGGAAUUUGAAUUUAUAAGGGAGCUAAUAUAUCUCAAAAUGUGCGCCAGUGGAUAUCAACGAUGUGUCCGGAUAUUCCGAUCACGCUUGAACGAACUUUACGACAACUGCUCGCAGGAAAUGCUUAGCAAUCCUUGCAAUAGCUUAGAAGCAAGCUUACGUAAUAUCGCUUAUAUGGUAGCAUCCAAAUAUGGCAAUCAAGCGGAAUUGACAUUUAUGAUCAAUAAAUUUCACGCAGAAGAAUAUCAUGUCGAGCGUGAUAGGAUUUUUUCCGCACUUGCUAGCAGCUCUAAUCGUUCUUACAUUGAAGUGUUGGUAAAAGAAGUAUUAACCAAGAAAGAGAAAGAUACUGAUUUCCGACCCAAAUUAUACGAACUUUCAAGGAAAAAUUAUGAUAAUGGAGCAGUUGGGCAGUAUUUAUUUAAUAAUUUUGCUGAACUUUUUAAGAGACACGAGAAGUAUGGACCUUUCUUCCUGCUUCAAAUGGCACGAGGUUAUGGCACAAACGAUGAUUUGCAAAAGUUGGAUAUAUUCGAGAAAAAAUAUGCUCCAUUAAUGAAAAAAUUAAAACCUGUCAUCUCUCAUAUUCGAGCUGACAUUAACAGGCGAAUGAUUUGGAAUGCAAAAUACGCUGAUGAAAUUAUCGAAUUUAUAUCGAAAUAUUUACAGCGCUGA